GGAGGAGGAGGAGAGGAUUCAGAUCACUACAGGCUGCAGUCGUUGGACGGUGGAGCUGUGAGACGCUGUGGACGACAGCUGAUGGAGCUACGGGGAGGUGAACCAGCUCGGCGGGAUGUUCGUUAACGGAAGGCCGCUGCCCAACCCGGUGCGGCUGCGGAUCGUGGAGCUCGCGCAGCUCGGCAUGCGGCCCUGCGACAUCAGCCGCCAGCUGCGCGUCUCCCACGGCUGCGUGUCCAAGAUCCUGGCGCGCUACCACGACACCGGCUCCAUCCUGCCCGGAGCCAUCGGGGGCAGCAAGCCGCGGGUCACCACCCCGGCCGUGGUCGACAGCAUCCGGGACUACAAGCAGGGCGACCCGGGCAUCUUCGCCUGGGAGAUCCGGGACCGGCUGCUGUCGGACGGGGUGUGCGACAAGUACAACGUGCCGUCCGUGAGCUCCAUCAGCCGGAUACUCAGGCACAAACUAGGGGCUGUUUCUCCGCCGAACGAGAGCAGCAAACCGGGCCCGGCUCAGCUCCAGUACGGACACGGUGUCUACCCGUACUCCUACACCACCGGGCCCACAGUGAUGAGCCACACCGGGACCAGGACCGGCAGCGGGCACCCCGGACACGUCGGCCUGCCGCGGGGCUGGCACAACAUCCUGGGCAUCCGAGCCUUCAUGGACCCGACAGCUCUGUGUGGACCUGAUGGACACUCAGCUAAAAUGGAGGACUGGACCAAUUUGAGCAGUUUGAGCAGCAGCAGAGCGUUUCCCUCUGGAGUCAAUGGAGCGGAGAAAACCCACCACGAGCCGGACAUCAAAUACCAUCAGCAGUCUUCCUCCAGUCUGCCUGGUUACGUCUCAGCUUGUGCGUAUUCUCCACCGCACCAGUACGGCAUGUACGGAGGUCCAGCAGCCAACUACGUGAGCACUGGACACCACUGGCAGCCCCAGUCCUCCAGUCUCACUCCCAGUCUCACUCCCAGUCUCACUCCCAGUGUCACACAGAGUCCUGCAGAUUUUAACCCUGCAACAUCAUUUAAACUUCCACAGAGAGACGAGGACCGAAAGCCUCAGAGUCCUCUGUACAAACACCACAGAUUGUCUUCAACAUCGUGACGACUCUGAGGAAACACGAGAAGACGUUUGAUGCGACGCUGAAAGACUAAAAGUCAGGUUUUGUUUCUGAGGAGAGUCAAAGAGAAAUGUUACUGCUGCAGAAGAAGAACUGAAGGAAACAUUCUCCUGACUGUUAAAACUCUUCCUGAUCGACUCCUUUCAGGAUUUUAUCUAGUGAUUUGUUUCUGUUUCCCAGGAUGAGCAGCACACAGACAUGUGGUGAAGGAAGAAAUACACCAAAUGCAACAGAAAUGUAAAAUACAUCACCUUUGUUUUUUAUAUUUUAACAACAAAAACUGUCCGUUUUUUUCUCUCACAGU